CCCCCCCCCCCCCUCUCUUUUGUAUAGCCUUUUCUAUACUGGGUUUAAAACCAACUCGUGGCGGGUUGGUCUGCGUUUUCUCAAUAAUGCCCCCAAAGAAAGGUGCAUCUAAGUCUGCUGGCAAAGGCAAGAAGAUGAAGGCAGCGACUACUGCGGCUGCUACGACGGCCAUCAAGGCGAAACGAACAGCAAUGAGCACAGCUCCAAAUACCGCAAACCACUCUACCAACACUAAUGACGCAGCCAUUUUCAAUACCAAGGCUCCAAGGGAAGCCAAGGUUAGCAAAUCUAGUGGACGUUCUAGCCAAGGAACGACCAGAGCUGUAUCCGCGAAGGCUGGAAAGCGAAAAGCUGAUAUCGACGAAGAGAAGCCGACCCGCGAACCGAAAAAGGCUCGUGUAGCCCGACCUCGGGUGCCGAAGCCAAAAUCAAAGAUCAUCAUCAACAGUGCUCCCACCACCCGUCUAAAUGUCUAUGUUUGUGGCGAAGGCAGCUCUGGUGAACUCGGUCUUGGAGCGGGAAAAGCCGCCAUCGAUGUAAAGAGGCCUCGUCUCAAUCCGCAUUUGCCAGCAGACCGGGUCGGCGUUGUACAACUCGCAGUUGGUGGCAUGCAUUGCGUGGCACUUACGCACGACAAUAAAAUCCUCACAUGGGGUGUCAAUGAUCAGGGGGCGCUUGGGAGGGAUACCACCUGGGAGGGUGGUCACAAGGAUGUGAACGAGACUAAAAGCGACGACUCGGAUUCAGACUCUGACGAUGACACUGGCCUCAACCCGCACGAGUCGACUCCUACUGCUAUCCCUUCUGACGCUUUCCCAGAGGGUACUACUUUUGUGGAAGUCGCUGCUGGCGACAGCUCCAGUUUUGCUCUUACAGAUGAAGGUCAGGUCUAUGGUUGGGGAACUUUCAGGAGCAACGACGGGAUUCUAGGCUUUGACCCUAAUAACAAGGUCCAAGCUACUCCCACGCAUAUCCCCUCGUUGAAAAAGAUCAGGCACGUGGUCUGUGGUGAUAAUCACGUUCUCGCUCUAAACGAGAAGGGCGCCGUAUUCUCAUGGGGUUCUGGCCAGCAGAACCAGCUAGGCCGCCGUAUCAUUGAGCGGAAUAGGCUAAAUGGGCUUCAGCCGCGCGAGUUUGGUCUACCAAAGAAUAUCGUGCGCAUUGCUUGUGGCGCUUUCCACUCCUUCGCCGUCCACCAAUCCGGCAAAGUCUACGCUUGGGGCCUGAACAGUUUUGGAGAAACCGGUAUCAGAGCCGGUGCGGGUGACGACGAUGCUGCUAUUGUCCACCCUACCAUUGUUGAUUCGCUGUCAAACCAAGGUGUCACUCAACUUUGUGGUGGCUCUCACCAUUCACUCGCCGUCACUAGGAGCGGCCAGUGCCUCGUUUGGGGACGAUUGGAUGGCUACCAAACGGGACUGAGGAUUGACACACUCUUAGAUGAAGCGGUUAUGAAGGAUGAGCGCGGGCGCCCUCGCAUCCUCAUAGUACCGACUCCUGUGCCUGGGAUUAAGGCCAAUGUCGUGGCGGCGGGUUCAGAUCACUCAAUAGCAAUCGAUAGCAAUGGCCAUCCUUGGUCGUGGGGGUUUUCCGCUACUUAUCAAACCGGCCAAGGGACACAGGAUGACAUUGAGGUAGCAACUGUUGUCGAGAACACUGCUAUCCGGGGAAAGAGACUGAACUGGGCGGGUGCGGGGGGCCAAUUCUCCGUAUUCACCGAACCUGUGAUGUUAUGAUCGGCUUCGAAUGGGCAGAGCCUUCCACAAGAGCUGUAGCUGGUUCGAGCCCGACAGUGCUGAUCUUAGCCUGACUCUGUACAUUUGCAAUUUUCUAGCUCUCUUCUCUUAAACGGCUACGUUCAAUACUCGAGAUCUUUACGCACG